AUGGCAGACAAACCUGAAGCGAAGGAGUAUCGAAUUGCCUUGCAGAAUUGUCCCCCAGCCAUGAAUUUCACUCCGCCUGUCUCGACAACCUCAGGACUCAGCCUUACCACAGAUUCCAGCAGCUGGGCGUCCUAUCUGACCUCCACCAGCGGGGCAUUCCGUCUGACCUUGACGAGGCCGUCGAGCUUCAUCGAGCUGCACUACUUCUCCGCCCCCUGGUCAUUCUCUUCAUGUUUGUUCCAGUAUGGAGCUGCUCUCAGUGCAAAUGGCGAAAAAGUGCCCCUCUUGUCUAUCCAGAGAAUGCUGCUUUCCGCAAAGAUAGCUGGGUUUCCCAAGCAACAAGUCUGCGCAAAAGAUGAUGCACCCGACUCACAGAUACCACCCGAACCACAGAUACCACAGCUGCCUCAGCAAUAUAUCAAUCCAUCCGAAGCUGAUCGCGCUGUUCGACAGGCCAUUGACGAUCAACUGGAAAAUGCCCCACUUCGUGUAAUCGAUACUUCCACCGGACGCUUAUGCAAUCGAGAGGCACAGACCAACGUCUUCAUGAGAAGCAUAGAGUACAAGGAGUUGUUACCAUCGAUGCCGCGUGAACCCCUCCAAAUGGAGCCCAUCAGAGAAGCGGAAAGCAAGGAGCCGCUGCUGCGCGACAUUCAGUACAAGGACAUGUGCACGUUAGAUCCAGUUGGAUCUGUGGUGAAGUUGCAGAAGCUUUGCAAAGUUGCUCGCGAUGCGGGGCAUCGCCGGGCAUGGCUCCAAGAAUCAGUCAACUCUAUGUUCAUCUGGUAUCACCGCUCAGCACUCACCAUCGUCUAUCUAUCGGAUGUUCUGCCUUCGUCACAGUCUAUCGCACUCGCACGCAACGCUUGGAACACGCGAAGAUGGUCUUUUCAGGAGUUGUCGGCUUCUGUAGUCGCGCUCCGAACGCAGUUCGUUGUUGCGUUCGUUGACCGUACCCUCGUCUCUUCCUUUCGCGCCGAGUUUCUGGUUGCCCCACUGCAAUACGGAUGGAUGGGUGAGACGCAUGGUGCGUCCAAGGACGAAGGCUAUGGCAAUACUGCAGCGAGACAUGAAACGAAUGUGCGAAACGACGGCUUACAGGCAAAGUCUGACACGCGAGACCCGGUAGACACGAAGAUUGCUGAGACACAAGAAAAACAGGCUUGUCUGAGGAAAAGAAGGGACGCGGUGGCGCAAAGGGAAAUAUAG